AUGAGGACUCACCUGCUUUGGUUGUUGCCCCUGAUUCUGCUGGGAUCCUUGGCCCAGGCGCUGCGGUGUCAUGAAUGCAGUGGUAAAGAGAACUGCUACAGGCCUACAUCUUGCCAAAGCAAGAGCCGCUACUGCUUGACCAACUGGUAUACACCGCCAGGCCAGCAAAUGAUUGUGACAAAAACAUGCUCAUAUACCUGCCCUGACAUUCAUCAGACCACAGCCAACUCCAGGGCCUCUUGCUGCAACACAGACCUCUGCAACAGUAGCGGGAGCCUCCAUGUUAGCUGGGGACUGCUGACCCUCAGCAUCUGGUAUACCUAUCUCAGCCGGUAG